ACUUAACUUCAUUAGUUACUUACUGACUACGGCCAAAUUAACUUUAACCGAUCCAACAUGAAGUUCAUUAUCGUUUUCGCUGCUAUUGCCGCCGUCGCCUUGGCUGCUCCUGUCGAUGAUUCAAAGAAUGCCCAUAUCAUCCGGUACGACAGCGACAAUAUCGGAACAGAUGGAUACAGUUUUGCUUACGAAACCAGCGACGGAACUUCCCGACAAGAACAGGCUCAACUGAAGAACAUUGGAUCAGAGAACGAAGCCCUCGUUGUACGUGGAUCAAUCAGCUGGAUUGGAGCCGAUGGCCAGCAAUACACCCUCAACUACAUUGCUGAUGAAAAUGGAUUCCAACCAGAAGGAGCUCAUUUGCCACGUGCUUAAUUUGCCGCUAGUCAUUUUUUUAGAAAUAUAAAUUAUCAAAAAUA